ACACAAAACCCUUCCCAAGGCACAAGUCUUUGUUCUCAAAAUCAAGCUCCACCGCCAUGUCCCUUGUUGCAGGCUCCUACGAGCGCUUCAUCUGGGGCUUCAAGCUCAAACCCACCGAGCACGACCCAUCCACGCAAACCCUAACCUUAACCUUAACCCAGCUCUUCUCCUACCCCUCUCACCAGGGCCCCAUCACCACCGUUGCAGCAGCGGGGCCUGCCGCAGCCUCUGGCUCCUCUGAUGACACCGUCCAAAUCUACGACCUUCCAUCUGCCGCCUCUUUUGGCGCUCUUCACCACUUCUCCUCCUCCGUCACCGCUCUCUCCUUUUACUGCCCUCCCAACCUAUCCUUUCCCCGAAACCUCUUAUCCGCCUCUGCCGAUGGCUCCAUCUCCAUCUUUGAUAGCAAACCGUUCGUUCUUCUCAAGUCUUUUAGGGCGCACAAGAAGGGGAUCAAUGAUCUUGCUGUGCACCCGUCGGGGAAGCUGGCUCUUAGUGUUUCGCGCGAUGGGUGUCUAGCUAUGUCCAAUUUGAUGCGGGGAAAGCGCAGCUUUUGUUGCAGGUUAGGGAAGGAGGCAACUCUGGUUAAGUUUGACGGGAGUGGGGAGAGGUUUUUCAUGAUUUCUGAUGAGAAGGUUGGGAUUCACAUGGCCGAGGAUGCAAGAUUGCUUUUUGCGUUAGAGAAUCAGAAGCGGGUCCUCUGUGCUGCUCCUGGGGAGAGCGGAAUUUUAUUCACUGGUGGUGAGGACCGAAAUAUUACAGCAUGGGAUACAAACAGCGGAAAGGUUGCUUAUAGCAUUGAGAAUGCUCACUCUACUCGUGUAAAAGGUGUUGUUGUGCUUACAAAGAAUAAUCAUGAUGUUACUAAUGAGGAUCCGUAUUUGGUGGCAUCUGCAUCAUCGGAUGGGUGUAUACGUGUUUGGGAUGUUCGCAUGGCCAUUAAGGAGAAGCGAAGUCCAUUGGCUGAGGUUGAUACAAAGUCAAGAUUAACUUGUCUUGCUGGGUCUUCUUUGAAAUUGAAAUCUUCUAAACGACCAAAAAUUGGACAAGGAGCUCCUAAAGAGGAAUAGGAUGCAGCAAUUGUUGCAAGGAUCUUUAUACAAAUGACCCUCUUUUGUUCGCUGAACCCAUUUGAGGUCCAGUGAUCACCUCCACCAAAUUAAAAUUUUGGCAGUUGGUAAAGUUGUUCUUAUUGUUUUGGAUAUGCUGAGUAUUUUAUUUUGUUAAAAGUUGAUGUUAUUUAUUCACUGAUCCUUUUGAUUGGGUUAUGGUCAAAAUUUCGGUGAUGUAAACAACCCUUAAAGGUUGAUCCAGUAAUUGAAAAUGUACUCAGUUGCUUAAAAAUUGAAGUU